CUAAAUUAUUGAAUAUUCACACAAAGCAAACAUUCUUGAUUUCUUCUCUAUCAACAUAACAAGUUUUGAUCAUUUUUAGUUCAGAAAUGGAUUGUGUAAAACUUGUAUUCCUUAUGCUAUAUACCUUUCUCUGUCAACUUGCUUUAUCCUCAUCCUUGCCUCAUUUGUGCCCCGAAGAUCAAGCUCUUUCUCUUCUACAAUUCAAGAACAUGUUUACCAUUAAUCCUAUUGCUUCUGAUUAUUGUUACGACAUAAGAACAGACGUAGACAUUCAGUCAUAUCCAAGAACUCUUUCUUGGAACAAAAGCACAAGUUGCUGCUCAUGGGAUGGCGUUCAUUGUGACGAGACGACAGGACAAGUGAUUGCGCUUGACCUACGUUGCAGCCAACUUCAAGGCAAGUUUCAUUCCAAUGGUAGCCUCUUUCAACUCUCCAAUCUAAAAAGGCUUGAUUUGUCUUUUAAUAAUUUCACUGGAUCACUCAUUUCACCAAAAUUUGGUGAGUUUUCAAAUUUGACGCAUCUCGAUUUGUCGCAUUCCAGUUUUACAGGUCUAAUUCCUUCUGAAAUCUGUCACCUUUCUAAACUACACGUUCUUCGUAUAUGUGAUCAACAUGGGCCUGUGAUAGGAUACCUGAAUCAUUUAGCCAUCCAACUUCACUUCAUGAGUUGAACAUGAGUCGUUCUAAUCUGUCAGGGCCU